CUCUUUUGAUUAAAUAAAGAAAGAUUGGUACGCAAUACAAUUAAGAAAUUGGAGGCUGCAAUCAUUCCAACCUGUUUUCCACUUUCUUGUGUUUUCUAUCUCAUUUGUUACUAUUCAUUGACUUCAACUCCCUUCCCUGUUAACCCCAAUUAUACACAAUCCAUCUCCAUUUCUUUCCCUCAAUUUCCCUUUCCUUCUUCAUCUCUCUCUUUGAUUUCUUUGUCCCAAUUCCACCAUGUCUGUCUUUGGAGAGGCUGCUCUUUCUGCCUUUUUGGAGCUCUUGUCUGCCAAGUUGCUUGACUCUGUACUGAACUUUGUGGCCGAUCACCGGCAAGUCCACCAGCAACUCAAGCUGUGGCAAUCCAUAUUACCCGAGAUCAAAGCAGUGUUGAACCAUGCAGAGGAGAAACAGAUCAAGGACGAGGCUGUGAAGAAUUGGUUGGACGAUCUCCAAGACUUAGCUUACGAUGUGGAUGACAUCUUGGACGAGUUCGCUUACCAAGAGUUACGUCUCAAGCUCCAAAAAACUCAAGCACAAGCCAGCACUAGUAAGGUACAGAAACUCAUUCCAACCUGCUGUACUGGUGGUCAUUUCUCUCCAAUCUCUUUUAUGUUUAAUGCUAAGAUGAUUUCAAAGAUAAAAGCAGUCACUGAUAGACUGAAUAGUUUGAACACUCGAAGAAGUAGUUUGGGGUUGAAUGAGAUCAUGUCUCAAGGCGCAAAUUCCAAGGGAAAGAAACCCAGGCUACAACCAACUUCCUUGAUGGAUGGAGCUGUGGAGUAUGUUGGUAGAGCCAGUGAGAAGCAAGAAAUGCUUGAGUUGCUCAAAAGUAACAAUUCCGAUGGAGUUUGUGUCCUUUCCAUCGUUGGCAUGGGCGGGAUGGGGAAAACAACUCUUGCUCAGCUUGUUUACAAUGAUCCCAGCAUUAAGGAGUCUUUCGAUCACAAGUCCUGGGUAUGCGUUUCUGACGAUUUUGAUGCUGUUAACAUAACAAAGACGAUUUUAAGAUCCCUCGAUGCUGACUCACGUGAUGAGAAUGACUUGAACUUGCUUCAAGUCAAAUUGAAGGAGAAGUUAUCUGGAAAAAGGUACUUGCUUGUUUUAGAUGACAUUUGGAACGAGAGUUACGGUGAUUGGACCAUCUUACGGGCUCCAUUUGGGGCAGGAACCAAGAUUAUUGUAACAACUCGACUCGAAAAGGUUUCAUCUAAUGUAGAUUCGAUGAAAGCGUUUUACUUGGAUAAACUCUCGCAUCAUGAUUGUUUAUCCAUAUUUGCUCAGCUUGCAUUGAAAGCAAGAAGCUUUGAUGGGCAUCCCCAAUUUAAAGAAAUUGGAGAGAACAUAGUGAGAAGGUGCAACGGCUUACCUUUGGCUGCAAAAGCCAUUGGAAGCUUAUUACGGACAGUUACGGAUCAUAGUGAAUGGGAAAAAGUAUAUGAGAGCGAGAUAUGGGACCUGCCAGAAGAUCCAUGUGGCUUAAUUCCAGCCUUGCGAUUAAGCUACCAUUAUCUUCCUCCGCAUCUCAAAAGAUGCUUUGCAUACUGCUCCAUAUUUCCUAAAGAUUAUGAAUUUGAAGAAGAAGAGAUAAUCUUGUUAUGGAGAGCAGAAGGUUUCUUGCAAUCAAAAGCUAAAAUUCAAGGCAAAGGUCUUGGAAACCAAUAUUUUCAAGAUCUAGUGUCAAGGUCAUUUUUUCAAAUAUCUAGUAAGGACAAAUCCCGUUUCGUGAUGCAUGAUCUUAUGAAUGAUUUAGCUCAAUUAGUUGCUGGAGAAAUAUGUUGCAGACUGGAGGGUGAAAAGCAACAAAAGUUUUCGCAUCGUUCUCGUCACUCAACUUUUGUUAGCGAUGAUUGGUAUCACAUUGUAAAGAAGUUUGAAGCAUUUUAUCAAAUGACUUCUCUACGUACUUUUCUACCCUUAUUGCAUCAAGGAGAUCGUUUCUAUUUAACUAGUGUUGUCUUGGAAGAUCUGUUGCCAAGACUUAGCUACGUAAGGGUUCUUUCUUUGUCUGGGUAUGAGAUCUAUGAUUUGCCCGACCUUUUUGAAAAUUUAAAACAUCUACGCUACUUAAAUUUUUCUAGAACCCGAAUUAAAUGUUUACCUGAUUCUUUGUGUACUCUUUAUCAUUUGGAGACUUUAAUAUUAAGAGAUUGUUCAAAGCUCAAAAAUUUACCCUCGAAUAUCGGAAACCUUGUCAACUUGUAUUUUCUUGAUAUUAGAGGUGCGGGUUCAAUAAAAAGGAUGCCCUCCGGAUUUGAUCAGCUCACCAAGCUUCAAACGUUAUCUAAUUUUGUUAUAGGGGAAGGUGAUGGACAUCUUAUUAGAGAAUUGAAAAAUUUGUCAAACCUUAGAGGUAAUUUUUGUCUUUCUGGAUUGGAGAAUGUUAAUGGUCAAGAUGCGAGGGAAGCUAAGUUAAAUGAGAAGCUAGGGAUUGAUGGGUUAGAACUACAAUGGGGUACAGACUUGGAGAAUAGUACAAGGAAAGAAGAAGUUGAAGAGCGGGCGUUGGACUUUCUUCGUCCUCAGAAAAAGCUUGAGCAACUCAUCAUUGAGAAUUAUGGUGGUGUAAAAUUCUCAUCUUGGAUAGCAGAUUCUUCCUUCAAGAAUUUGUCGUCUUUGAAGCUUCGCAAUUGUAAAAACUGCAAAUCACUACCAUCAGUUGGAAGGUUGCCGUUGUUAAAAGAUCUUUCAAUUAUUGGUUUUGAUCAAGUACAAAAGAUUGGUGUUGAGUUCUUUGGAGAAAAUCAAUUGAAUCCAUUUGCAUCAUUAGAGAUUCUGUCUUUUGAGAAUCUUCCAAACUGGAAAGAGUGGGACACUUGUGAAGGAGACGAGAAGGUUUUGAAACUCCCCAGCCUUCGUGAGCUUUCAAUCAAAACCUGUCCUCAAUUGUUGGGAAGGUUGCCUACCCAUCUUCCUUUCUUGCAAAAACUUGAAAUUCAUAGGUGUGCGAGUUUGGUGGUUUCAAUAUCAAGUUUCCCGUUACUGUUUAAAUUCAGUAUAGGAGGGUGUGCAGAACUGGUGGAUGGUUGCUCUUCUCCUGCGAAGGAGGUUUCCUCUUUGCAAAUUUUGUCUCUUUCUAACAUUUCAAAGUUUAAUAUUCCAGCAGAUAGGACAAUGUUGAGGUUUGGAAACUCAGAAUAUUUUGAAAUUCCUGGUUGGGAGGAGUUGGCGUCUCUAUCACAGCAUGGGUUUAGUUUAGUUGGACAUCGUUUCAUUUCCAUUUGGCGUUGUCCUCAACUGCAGUCUUUGGAAGCCGAGGAAGCCGAAUUGCAACCUGACAAGAUUUCACGUGUUGAAUCUCUGCAGAUAUAUGACUGUGAAAUGCUUAAUAGACUGCCACAAGUCUUACAUGAGCUCACUUUCCUUACAGUGAUGGAAAUUCAUAAUUGUCCAAGCUUGGUUUCUUUUGCAGAGAAUAACUUACCUCCUAAUUUAAAAAAGCUGAGAAUUACAUACUGUGAGAAUUUGGAGUAUCUGGUUGAUGAAAAAGAAGAUAAUAAGAGUAUGAGUAGUACCCUCUGUCUUCUUGAGGACUUGGAAAUCUAUAAGUGUCCGUCUCUAAUGUCUUUGUCAUCGAAGGGGCACAAAAAUAUUUGCAAUCAGCUUCAACUUCUCGAUAUUACCGAAUGCUCAAAGCUGAGUUUCCUAUUUUCAAACACCAAGUUUCCCAUAACGCUUAAACAUUUGAGAAUUGGGGAAUGUCCGGAGUUGGAAUACAUAGCCCAAGAGUUUGAGGAAAAUGCUUGUCUUGAAUCUCUUCUAAUUUUCAGAUCUGGAAUUAAAUCUCUACCACGAGGACUAGACAAGCUCAUCCAUCUCCAAGAGAUGUGGUUGGAUUCGUGUUCAAAUUUGGUUUCUUUCGAAGAAACUGGGUUGCUCACCACCAGCUUUAGAGCUUUCGUAGUUGAUGGUUGUGGAAAUUUUGGAGCCCUUCUGAAGUGCAUGGCCAGCAUCACCUCCCUUCGACAAUUAUGUGUGUGCAACUGUUCGGCUGACAUAUCAUUUCAAUCGGAGGGAUUCCCUGCCAAUCUCACAUCACUUGAAAUCUCAAACGCACCCAAAAUUUAUAGGUCACUUGUGGAAUGGGGAUUAAAUAGACUCACCUCUCUUCAAGGAUUGACCAUCGGAGGUGGAGGUUGCUCAAAUGUGGUGUCUUUCCCAGAAGAAGGGAUUGGAAUGAUGCUGCCUCCUUCUCUCACCCGUAUCUCCCUUACAGAAUUUGAGAACCUGGAAUUCAUGUUCUCCGAGGGCUUUCAAGACCUCGCCUCUCUUAAAGAAUUGGUGAUCGGUAAUUGUCCCAAUCUAACAUCUCUUCCGGAAAAAGACAUGCUUCGCUCGCUUGGAUGUUUAUAUAUUUACAGUUGUCCGUUGCUGAAAGAAGAGUGCUCAAGCGAUAAAGGACGAGAGUGGUCUAAGAUUUCCCACAUACCCUUUGUUCAAAUUGAUGGUAAAAUAGUCAUCCCGAGGGAAUCGGAUUGAAAGAUGAGCUGCAAAAUCUGUGAUUGGUUUGUUCAGAGUCAUGGGACAGGCAUUGAAAGAUAAGUUGGGGUGGAAGUGGGCUUUCAGAAAGAUCCAUUAAAGGAAAAGUAAAAGGAUGUGACUUCUCUUGUUAAAAUUUUCAAAGACAAAAGUAUAAAUGUUGAUGAGAUGUAAUUGGCAUAUUGUGAUCGAGUGUCCCUUUGCAAAAUUACCACACUUCAAUGGGUGGAAAUGGGUGGAAUUUGUCAUUUAGUAUUUUGUAAAAGGUUAGUAAAAGGGUGGGUGGUGGGGUUUUUACUGAAAUAAUUUUUAAAAAAAUUAUUUAUUAAAAUAAGUUGUCAUUCCGAUUA